AUGGGUCCAUCAGACCCAAAUCAGUUUGGCAUGAACGGGACCGGGAACAACGGUUCCAACCAUCAGCAGCAGCAGCAGCAGCAGGAGCAACCGUCGUUCGUGAUGGACGACAUCGACUGGAAUUCCCUGAUGGAGGACAUGGGCGUGGAGACCCCGCCCACCACACCCUCUGAAGGGCAGUUCCCACCGUCAGGGAGCAAUCAGAACUCCCCUGCUGCGCCUGACAAUGGUCAGGGCCAAUCGACCGUCUCCCCUGCGCCUGGCAACGGCCAGGGCCCAUCGACCUCUUCUCCUGCGCCUGGCGAAGGCCAGGGCCAAUUCAACUUCUCUGCGGCUCCUGGCAACGGCCAGGGCCAAUUCAUCGGUGGGCCCGUCGUUCCAGACUUCCCCCAGGCCCAAAGGGAGUUUGAACCGUACUACCAUGAGCCCGCUGGUCAGGUCUUCGCUCAGGACCGGGUGGCAGGUCAAAGCUGGGCCUCCCCGUCACAAGUCCCCGGGCCCUUCCCCCAGACCCCGGCUGGCUACCCUCCGGGCCAGCUGCCAUUACCCCAGGGCAUUCCUUCCUACCCCCAGGACUCUCCUGUCUGGCGUCCAGGGCAACUUUACCCGAGCCCGGACGAGACGGACCAAGAUUGGUACCGUCAGCUUUCCCCGCUUCCCUCGCGCACCGAGCCUCCCUCGUACACCGGGUAUCCCGGGCCCUCCUGGACUUCCUCUCCCGAGUCGGCUCCAACCGACCACCAGCCCACGCCGACGCGGACGCCGAUCCCGAGGGACCCCUCGAGACACCCCUCGACGACCACCCAGCCGACGGGUCCGAUGACACAGGAGGUCGAGCUGCCAGGCAAGAAAAGGCCGGGUAGGCGACCGCAGACGGAGAAAGGGGAAGGGGAGCCCGGCUCCUCCGACUCCCGCGAGAGGCGCAAGCAGCAGAAUCGUGAUUCGCAGCGCAAGUUCCGCGACAAGCGCGCGGAGAAGGUGGGUGAGUUGACGACGGAGGUCGCCCAUCUAAGGGCUCAGCUCAACGCCUCGGAGAGUCGUCGUCUGACGGCGGAAGCUCAGGCCGAACAGGAGCGGCAGGGGAGGCUGGCGGCCGAAGCACGGGUCGUCGAGCAGGCGCAGGCGCUGCAGCAGCAGGCAGAUGAGAUGGAGGAGCUGCGGAGGGAGCUGGAAGAGCUCCGCAUUAAGUCGAAGAAGGAUGAGAAGUGA